AUGACCGUGCCCUUGGUCGCCGCAAAGCAGCAACUGAGGUCUCUCAUGAGGCAGCGGCUGUCGAGCCUGUCUCAAGAUGCCGUCCUCGCCCAAAGCCGCAGGAUAUACGAGGCACUCCAAGACUUCAAGCCCUACCGCGAUGCCACCCGCAUCAGCAUCUUCCUCUCCAUGCCCACCGGCGAGGUGCAGACCGACGCCAUCGUGCGCCAUGCCCUCGGCUGCGGCAAGCAAGUCUUCGUCCCCUACCUGCACAAGCCCGACGCCGCCGACGGCCCUGCGCGCGUCAUGGACAUGGUCAGCCUCACCGGCAUCCACGACUACGAGAGCCUCAGGCCCGACCGCUGGGGCAUCCCCUCGGUAGACCCGGCCACGCUCGACCGCCGUCGCCGCGUCCUCGGCGGCUCUGCGGAACUGGACCUGAUGCUCAUGCCCGGAGUCGCGUUUGACUUGGACGGCGCCGGCCGCAUUCGCAGGCUGGGGCACGGCAAGGGCUUUUAUGACUUUUUCCUCAACAGGUACUUGGCCGCCGCCGACGGCCACCCGCCGCUGCUGCUCUACGGCCUGGCGCUCACCGAGCAGCUCUUGUCUGCCUCGCCGGGCGAGCAGGUGCCUGUCGAUCUGCACGACCGAAACCUGCACGGUCUGAUUCUGGGCAGCGGCCAGCUCCGAGAGGCGUCGUCGAGCAGCGGCACGCAGAGCACCGUCAUGGCUUGA